AAACUGUUUCUUCUUUGGCUUUAUUGUAGUGAAAUGUUUAAAGAUUUAUUCAUAUUUGCUCUCGUUGCCUAACUACUAUCUCUGUUGUGGGUUGGUUAUCGUUACGGGUAGUAAAUCAUCUAUUUUGCGACCACGUUUUACUACAUGUGUAUACACUACAUUUAAAAAAUAGAAUGUAUUUUUUCUGUAAUGAUUAAUGUAACCUUUGUGUAACCUUUUAUCAAGCUUUUGAAAACCUGCGUGUAUUUUACAUUUUAUAAUUUCAAUUGUGGUUCAUGUUUUGUUCUUAACGAUUAUCUUUAGAUAGUAAGACCAGUGACAUAUAUGGGUAAACAUUUAGCCAACGAUCAGUUGCUAAUUUAAGGUCUUUAAUUAAAUUGUAAUGAAACAUAGUAUCGUUUAAUUAGAGCAAGUUGUGAUCGUUUCGUUUAAAUAGGCAAAGAAAAUAUAAGCAUAGGUGCCACGCUUAGUUCCUGAAUGUUAUAAUAAUUUUAAAUGUAUUUAUGACUUAUAUACUACCCAAACAUGUGACCUCUUAAACAUAGGUGAUAACAAAAUUAAAAAUACAAAGGUAAUACUGUUAAUACGGAAUACAAACAAUCAAGUGUCUGAACUUAAUUUUAACAGCUAUCAGCUGACAUGCAUACCCAAUUAGUUUUGAGGCGAAAACAAAUGUUUGCUUCCACAUCGUCAAACAAUUAUAUAGGAAGGUCUGCUUUUUUGCAAUUCACUACUGGAAUAAGGAGUUUACAUGCCAGACGUCUCAAAAUUCUCUGUUCAUAUAUAAAUAUAUAUAAAAAAAAAAUUGUAUUUGAACAUUACGCGAGUGAUUAUACAGGAAUGCAGCAAACAUUGUCAACCUUGAAAAUUAAAAUGUUUGGGGUCGACACAUAAAAUAGGAUCAAUUGAAUUGCGUAAGUGGAAACACAAAAUGUGUAUUUAGGCCCAUGUUAAGGAUUAUGAACUGAAACUAAUCGACAAUUAGACGCUUGCAAUUAUGAGUUGCAAAGCUUUGGUGUAAGAAAAACGAUUGUUUUCAAUACAUUUUGCAUUACCGUCUGUAUGUAUUUAUAUUGGAUUAUAUUAUUAUGCUUACAUUAAUGUAUUAGUAAUUAGUAUAUACAUUAUCCAUGGGUGAAAUUUGUUUUGACAGUGUAUCUUUCUUAUAUUAAACAAUGUUUAACCUCCUACCACAGUUUGAUUGUUUGGCCUUUUAUGCAACGCGGUGACAUCUUCAUUAUCAGUUACAGCGUGAACACAAGUGUAUAUUUAUACGUACUGAAUACAUAUAUGUUAUCAUCGUUGAUCAAAGCAACUUUUCUACUUGGAUAUUUGAAAAGUGAAUUCAGACCAUACCCAGGGAAAGACUCGUUAUAAUGGCGACGGGGAGUAGAAGCCAGCGCGAAUCGGUGUUGGGAGCAUCUCUAAUACUCAAAAACCUUGAAUGUUCUAUUUGUAUGGAAACAUUCACCAAUCCUAAAGACCUCGAGUGUGGGCAUACCUUUUGCGAAGAAUGCAUUCAGGAAAUCAUCACUCGGGCGCACAACGAAAACAGACUCAAACACAUACAGUGCCCAGUUUGUCGCAACAGAGUACGACCGUCCGAUAAAAGAAUACCCCCAACGGAGUGGGCGCGAGACAUGAAAACAAACUAUGCACUGUUGCAGUUGCUAGAUAUAAUACGUGUCAAAGAUGACGAUGUUCCAUUGUCUGUUACGUUGCCUGAAAGGACUGUUGCUUCUGUCGAAAACAAUGAUGAAACUUUAGAGGAUGACGUUCGAAAGAAUUUAAGAGACCUUGUUCGAUGUCGCGCUCACGGAAAUGCGGAGCUUCAAUUUUAUUGCAAAACCCAUUCGGCGCUUAUGUGUUUUACUUGUCGAAGCAGACAUUCAAAAGUUUGCCCGGUCAUUCCGAUUGCGAAACUCGUGCAAAAGGAAAAUAUCGACGCGAUGAGAUUGUCACACGUAAAUAAGAUGGCGGAGAUAGCGACAAUGUUGGAAAGCGCGACAUAUGAAAUGGAAAAAAAUCUAGACGAAACACGAGCGGAAUUCAGUGAGUUCAAACCGAAACUUGACGAUCUUAAGAAGAGGUUCCACAAGCUCAUUUCCGAUUUAGCGAUAAAAAUAAAUCCGCAAGAGUUUAUGGCGAUUACACAGCGGCAACAACAUAAAGUGGAUGAACUAAAAAGUUUGCAGCAGAUUCUUAAAAUUAAAAUUACCGAACUGAUGACCAUUGAAGAUAUGAGGAAUUCUGCUCACCAAUUCAUCUCCCUGACAAUCUUCAUUCAGGAGAUAGUGUAUCUUGAACGGGCCGUUUCUUCGGCAAUAGAAGGCGUACGGGUCCUCGAGAUGCGGCAUGUUGGCAUCGACGCAAUGACGACAUUGGCCAAACUAGGCACUGAUAUACUUGGAGAAAUUCAUUUGAAGACUGAACAUCUACGACGCAGAAAAAGUGUUUGAACCAUCAUCAUUAUGGUUCGGACUGUAAGUGAGGUUUCAACAAAGUUCAGAUAGAGACAUUGACGCAGAAAUCGAUCAAGAAUCAUUGUUUGCGGUGUUGAUACCAUUUAUUUAAAUGUUCAGGACAUAUAAAGAUCAAAAUUGAUAAAGACGUAUUACAAAAAUUACUUAACUUCUGCUUACAUGUUCAUUAAGUUUUCAUUACUUGUAACUGUGAUAUUCAAACGCAUCCUUUUGUUGUGUAUUCAUUAAGAUUAAACGUAAGAGAAGUAUAAUCUGUUUGACAUUAUUCCAUUAAAUAGGCUUUUCAAUUAGCAUACAGUACGUUUUAUGAUGUUUUGUGUUGUUAAUUUAAUCAAAGAAUUAUGUCUGUGAAAGGGAUUUAUAUCCAAACGGAUUAUGUAAAUAGUUUUAAUAAGAGUUACUCGUUAGCCAAGAUAAGCUAAAUAAUAGUGUCCAUUCGCCCGACCCUUAAUGUAUAUCCUCCAGCACUCAUAAUGAUACAAUGAUCACAACAAUAAUAAUAUGUAUAAUGCUAUUAAAAUUAUAAAAAUAAUUUCCUCUUUAUGUUCUUGAUGUUUUUUGAUUAUCAGUUUAUCAUGUGUACUUUAUUAAUACUAUUGUUCUUUCCAAAAAAUAAAUAAAAAUGAAAUGUUA